UUGACACUGUGUAUAUAAUGCUUGAUGAGGGUUUCUUUAUGAUUGAGGCACCAUUAGAUUUUUUGGUUGGACUGAUCAUGAUAUACUACACUGUUGGGGUUGCUAUGUUUGCAGCACUUGGCACAUUGGCUUUUCUCUUCAUUCUAAAACUGAUUGGUUCCCGCUUACAACUUCGGUGUGAGGAAGAAUUAAGGGAAGCAGCAGAUAAGAGAAUGAAAAUAACAUCCCAAGUUUUUGCUGGGAUCAAGGCUUUAAAACUUUAUGCAUGGGAGGAAGCAUUUAAGUCCCAGAUGAACAAUAUAAGGAGAGAUGAACUAAAAGCUGUGUUCAAAUUCCAUUGUUUAAGAUUGGCUACAAGCUUUGCAUGGACUGGAGGUUUCUUUUGGCUGCCUUUCUUCACCUUUCUGACCUACAUCCUUGUUGACCAAGAAAAUUACCUUAAUGCAUCAGUGGUGUUUGUCACUAUAUCCUACCUUGGCAUAGUUCGUAGAGCAAUUACUUAUUUUGGUUACAGUUUGGACUAUGUUAUUGCUGGAUUUGUGUCAUCAAGACGUUUAAUGAACUUUUUAGAAUCAAAAGAUAUGGAGAAGCCACCAGUGGAUAAUUUUUCCUCUAAUUUAACUGAAAAUGAUGCCAUCUUUAUAUCUAAUGGAAAUUUUGGAUGGACAACAAAUUCUGAAGCUACCCUAAAAAACAUUUGUUUACAAGUCCCAAAGGGUAGUCUUGUAGCUGUUGUGGGUAUGGUAGGAAGUGGCAAGUCUUCACUUCUAUCUGCUAUCUUGGGAGAGAUGGUUGUACAUAGUGGACAUGUUAACAAACAGGGCACCAUUGGGUAUAUACCACAAGAAGCGUGGAUACAACAUAACACAUUGAGAGAAAAUAUUCUGUUUGGGUCUGAGGUGAGAGAUGAUGAGUACUCUGAAGUCAUUAAGGCAUGUGCCUUGGGACCUGACCUGGAGGUUCUUCCCUCUGGUGAUGACACAGAAAUUGGAGAAAAUGGCAUAAAUUUGAGUGGAGGUCAGAAGCAGAGGGUCAGCCUGGCCAGAGCUGUGUACCACAAGAGUGAUAUCUACCUUCUAGAUGACCCACUCAGUGCUGUAGACAGUCAUGUAGGCAGGCACAUAUUUGAUCAUGUGAUUGGUAAAAAUGGACUUCUAAAAAAUAAGACAAGAGUUCUAGUAACUCAUGGAUUGCAAUGGUUGCCAGAAGUUGACAGAGUGUUUGUCAUGACAGAUGGGCAGUGUACAGAACAGGGAUCAUUUGAAGAACUCAUGUCACAUAAUGGCCCCUUUUCUCAGUUCUUGUCUCAGUAUCUCUCUCAACAACAGGCACAAACAGAGAGGGUUAAAAUCAGGGAUGUAAAUGUAAACUUGAAAGAUGAAGAAGAAUCAGUCUCUAUUAUUGAACUUGAAAAUGAAGAAGCUAGAAAAGAUAUCAUUAAAAGGCUUGUCUCAAGUGAUACUAUCAAAGAAAAUGACCUUGAACUUAAAAAGCAUUUUGAAGACAACAAGCAAACCACGUUUGUAAAACAACUGAGUAUGAAAGCUGUGGAAGCUGAAGAAUUUGAUGUGUCAUCUAAACUAAUCCAGGAGGAAGAGAUUGCAAGUGGCAGGGUCAGCUGGUCAGUGUACACAUCAUUCUGGAAGUCCAUGGGCUAUUUUUCUAUUUCUGUAAUGAGUCUGCUGUUCCUCUCCUGUUUUGUUUUUGAACUGGUGGCUGGAUUUUGGUUAUCCUACUGGGUGGACAGCCCACUACUCAACAAUCAUUCUCUACCUGCUCAUAGUCCAGAGAGGCAUGCUGAGAAUAUCUAUUAUGUGUCUAUUUAUAGCAUAUGGGGCAUACUAGAGACUGUAGCGGUGAUUAUAUUUACCAUAAUAAAAUCAUUUCGACAUAGACAUGUAGCAAGAAAAACUUAUGAGCUGUUAAUCAACAGCAUUUUGACUAGUCCAAUUCAAUUCUUUGAUACCACACCAAUUGGAAGAAUCUUGUCAAGAAUCUCAAGUGAUAUGGGUGUAGUAGACCUGACUCUGAUAUUAUGGAUGGAAAUCUGGCUUCAUUCAAUCUUUUCUAUUUUCUGUAUGAUUGUUGCUAUCAUUAUCAAUAUGCCAGUAUACCUUGCUGUAAUAAUUCCCGUUGUGCUCUUAUUUUACUUUAUUGAGAAACUUUAUUUGCCAACAUCGUGCCAGUUACGAAGGUUGGAGAGAAAGGGGUUGUCACCCAUCCUAAGUCACACAAGUGAAUCCUUUGCUGGUAGGAGUGUUAUAUGUGCUUUUAGAGAAGAGGAAAGAUUCAUCAAGGAAUCUGAGGAGAAGGUGGACUUUUUCCAGCAGAAAACUUACACAAGUAUGGCUUGUGAAAGAUGGCUAUCAAUUCGUUUGGGUGUUAUAAGUGAUGUCUUAGUUUUGAUUGCUGGGAUACUCUGUGUGGCUUAUCAUGAUCAACUUUCUCCUGGGCUCAUUGGUCUUUCAAUGAGCAUGGCAUUAACAGUAACAGGAAAUAUGCAGCUGCAAGUAAGAGUAGCAAGUCUUCUUGAGAUGGAUAUUGUUUCUGUUGAGAGAAUUCUUCAAUACAUUAAUUUACCAUCUGAAGCACCUCGCCAUUUGCCAUGCCCUGGUUACACCCAGCAAUGGCCUCAGACAGGAGAUAUAAUCUUUAAAGAUGUUUGUGUACAAUACAGAAAGGGGUUGGAUUUGGUUCUUAAGAAAAUAAGUUUUCAUGUUCAAGAUGGUGAAAAGGUAGGAAUUGUAGGGAGAACAGGUGCUGGAAAAUCAUCCCUUCUCUUAACUCUGUUUCGAUUGGUCGAGCCCUGUGAUGGACAAAUCUUUAUUGAUGGUUUGGAUAUUAGUAAACUUGGUCUCUAUGAUCUCAGACAGAAGUUAACUAUUUUACCUCAGGACCCAGUGUUGUUUACUGGUACUCUGAGGACCAACUUAGACCCUUUUGAUGAAUUUCAAGAAAAAGAAAUAUGGACAUCACUAGAACAUUGUCAUCUCAAAUCUUUUGUGAAGAACUUACCAGAAGGGCUGGACUAUGAAGUUGGGGAAGGAGGUACAAAUUUGAGUAUUGGCCAAAGACAGCUUGUAUGUUUGGGGAGGGCGUUGCUAAGGAAAACAAAAAUCUUGGUGCUGGAUGAAGCCACAGCAGCUGUGGAUGUAGAGACAGAUGAACUGAUUCAAAAGACAAUCAGGUCUGAGUUCCAGGGCUGUACUGUGUUAACCAUUGCACAUAGGCUCAACACUGUCAUGGAUUACGACAGAAUUUUGGUUCUAGACAAGGGGAGAGUAUCAGAGUUUGAUUCCCCAGCUGUUUUACUGAAUGAUGUCAACUCUUUGUUUUACAAGAUGUCAGCAGAGUCACAAGCAUUGAGAUUAAAAAAUUCUUAGGCACAAGCUUCUUCUCU